AUGUUGAGCGCGGCACGGAGGGUCCAGGCCUACUGGCCUAGUCGGGCCGAGAUCCGGAAGGCCACGUGGUUCUCAGGCGCAGUGGAAGAAGCCGGACCCUCUGUGGGCCACGCCCUACUCCCGCCGCUGCCCUCGCGGCCCUGUGCUCCGUUGCUCCGUGACCUUGGGCAUGUUAACUUGCCUACCUUCUCCAAAAUUAUCUGGCUGCACAACACGUGA